AUGGCGUCGUUCAGGCAAGACAGAUUCUCAGGAAUCAAACGAGAUUACACUCCUGAAACGGUCAGGCGUUUGUCAGGAUCAGUGAAAAUUGAAUACACUCUGGCCCAACGCGGUGCCGAAAAACUCUGGGAUUACAUGACGGCUGGAGGCAAAGAGUAUAUCAACGUGCUUGGUGCUUUGACAGGUAAAGUAUAAACGUUUGGUUUUUUAGUAGAGCAUUGUUUUUCAACCGUUUUAUCUCGUGGUACAAGCAUAAUGUAACUGUUAUUGUAUAUAUUUGAUUUUGUGCCAAACAUAUAAUAAAAUCUUAUCUUUUAAGGCAUAAAUAUUUAAGCAAAGUGUUAUACUUUAAAGCCAAUUUAUAUCACAGCCUUACAGAAAUUAUUUGAAGAAAACUACAAUGUCUAUGUGUUUUCGUGUAUAGAAAUUCCACAUCUUAUAGUCCAAAGUCCAAAUUGCCACCUACAAGACUCCCACAUUAAUUGCUCUUCCGAUUUUGUAAUUUAAAUAUUUACAUCUAAUAAAAACACUUUGCUACGAUAAAUUUGGGUAAAAUAUUCUUGAAUUGAGAGCCAGUUUGUACGUAAAAUAAAUAAAUAGAUUUGAUAAUGUUACUGCCUGGGAAAGCCUGCAUAUUUUGCUAGUACAAAGAAGUCCCUAGCAACUAUUUGAAAAACGCAGUUAUUGUCUAUAGCCUUUUGACCUUUGUCCUCUGUUAUCAAUGAAACGCUGUUAUGUGACUCGAAAGUCAAAACUGCGGGGCAUUCACGUUUCUACGCAAACAGAUAAACAGAAACUAUUGUGUAGUCAAAAACUUACCAAAUACCAUUCAAAAUAUUAAAAAGCAGAAUCUAUUUUAAUAUUUUUAUAGUGGGCGCUACAGAAUUGUUGAUACAUGUCUCCGAAACAAAACACGUGUGGUUGCUAAUGUUUACUUUAUACGUAUCAACAGUGGCAUUUAAAUUUAAAUUCGAAUUCCGUUCCCUCCUAAAUGAUUUGCUUAUUGUGAAAUUUAUUUAUAUGAAAGCUAUAAAUAUCUAAUAUUUAUAAGUUCUUACGUGCACGGAAAUAAAAAAUAAUAUGAGUUUUAAUGCGUGGAAUGUUCUUAGCAACCAUUCUGGCCAACAAUAAAGUUUUUGUGUGCUUUAUUUUGGUUGCUGGGUAAAUCCAGGGGGCCGGGUAAACCCCGCAAUAUAUCACAGGGAUAAAUUAUUCGAUGACGUCAUGAGAUGAUAUCCGUUCGAACGCUGAUCUCAAAAUAACACUGAGCCACACUGGACAAAGCAACCUUUCUUUCAAUCUCGUUUCUCGCGAGGCUUUUUGACUGUUGAUUGACCACCAUCUGCUCAAUGAUAGUGUCUUAUACUAUAAUGAAUUCAUGUAUUCUGUAUUUUCCUAGAACCAGACUUAAUAAUAAUACAAACAAAUACAAACCAUUUUAGAGAUCUAAUCUUACACUGCCCCUAGGCCUUCUGUCUUAUUAACUACAUAUUAGAAAUUACGACUUAAAAUAUUACAUUAAACUAGUACAAAAAUAUAUAGUACAGAUUCAAAGAACUACAGUAUAAUUGUAUUGCUUAUACUGUAAGCUCUUAUUUUAAAAAGGUAUUAAGUAGUAUUUAAAACACGAACACGGACUGCGAGUAUUUUAAAUGACUUAAAAAACGACCCAUCUGAUGUGUUUAUUGGCGAAGUAUAUGUAAAUGAACAUGAUUUUUUUAUCACAUAUAAAACAUUAAGCCAGUUUUCCACUAGGCGGUGAUUUUUCAGGUGGAACUAAUUAAGCCUGAUUUCCACUAGGCGGAAUUUUGCGCGCGCAGCGGAAAUUUUCUUUGUCUUAUAACGUAGAAUGGCGUGGUUACAUUUAUUUGCUCUUUGACUAAAAUGUUUAGCUGUAUUAUUGCUAAACAUGCCGUUUUUGAGAAUUUGGUUUUCAACUAGGUUGAGGCACCCAGCCACGCCAUCAAUCCCAGUAAAAACAUUAGGUCACGUCAGCUAGUUUUCUAUCCAUUUAUUUUAUUAUCCAUGGUUCCACCUGAGAAAUCACAAGACAAAGAAAAAUUCCGCUCCGCGCGCAAAAUUCCGCCUAGUGGAAAACCGGCUUUAAAACCGACACGACAGUGAUUUCCUUUGUCUUUUCUUCAUGAAUUAUUAAUGAGUUCAAGUGAUGUUGAUUCUCUUAUCUCGCGUGGAGCUAUGGACGAAAUUUUGAUCUAGACAAGAAGGACGAAAAGGUUUGGUUGGGAAUUGUUGUAAAAUGAAGAAAAUAUAGCCCUGUGAAGUUCGCAAAUUUUGUAUAUAAUUUUUUUUUUACAUUUACAUAUAUUUGCAUUACGCGCGGGGAAAAUAACCAUUUUUGAGUUAUUUUUACCGCGCGUAAUACAAAUAUAUACAAAAUUUGCGAAUUUCACAGGACUAUAUUUUCUUUAUUUUACAAUAUUUCGCAACCAAACUUUGCAAUUUUACUCAUUCUAAGAUGCUCUUUCUAGCUGUGGUGUUGGAUUUCGUUCUUCUUGCCUUGAUCAAAAUUUUGUCCACAGCUGGAAUCACACAUUAAAUAACGUUGCACCACUUUAUGGCAAAGUUUUUUUUGUCUAACUGUUAGUUUUGUUCGCGGUAUCACAGAUCAUUGCCCAUAUUUAAUUUAACUUUACAUCUGUUCAUGAAAAUUUCAGGAAUGCAGGCGGUGCAGAUGGCAAAGGGCGGGUUAAAAGGCAUCUACCUGAGCGGUUGGCAGGUCGCAGCCGAUGCAAACUUGGCUGCACAAACAUUCCCGGAUCAAAGUUUAUACCCAGCCGACUCCGCUCCGAAGUUGGUCGAGAGAAUCAACAAUGCUUUCCAGAGAGCAGAUCAGAUCCAGCACAUGGAAGGAGGCUAUCCUAAAAUGGAUUAUUUUCUCCCAAUUGUUGCCGACUGCGAAGCUGGAUUUGGUGGGCCUUUGAACGCUUUUGAAAUCGUUAAAAAUAUGGUAAGUAUAGAGCUGGUUUUUCACUCGUGAAUUCCUUCGUGAGCCUCACGAAAAACCAGCUCUAAAGUAUCGAAUACUUUUAUUUGUCAAGCCUGUUUUCCGCUUCAAUCGUAACGUGGCGUUUUCUGUCGAUAGCUUCACCAUCUUGUCUGGAUCAGUACUCAGUAGGGGUUUUCUUCUCUAACGCUUUGAAAUAAACAGACGUGCAGAAAUACAUAAAAACCAAACAGCAGGGUUAGUGCUAAUCCAGCUUUGAACAACCGGCCUCAGAUCAUUUUUUUCAAGCCUCAUAAAAUUGACCUUUGAUUUGUGUAACCCAGAUUAGACUUUCGUAUUUAUAAGUUAAAGUUUCUUUUUAUUGACUUUCAAAAAAAAUAAUUGACAUUCAAACUGCCGGUUAAGGUACUCAGUAUUUUGUCAGCGACAAAUAUGGGAAAAUAUCAGUAGGACAUUAGUGAAAUUAACCCCGUUUAAUUUAAACCCAUGAGCAAAGCAACAAUUUAGCGCUUAGUUUUUAAACUUGUUUUCUAAAAUAUUUUUCACUCUUCGUGUAGAUCAAGGCUGGUGCCUCGGGCAUUCAUCUGGAAGACCAACUGGCCUCGGAGAAGAAGUGUGGUCACAUGGGCGGCAAGGUCCUGGUACCCACUCAACAAUUUAUCCGACUUUUGAACGCCGCGCGAUUAGCUGCUGACGUCAUGGGCGUGACGACCGUUAUUGUUGGCCGUACCGAUGCCAACUCGGCCGGGUUAGUGACGUCGGAUAUUGAUCCUCGGGAUAAACCUUUCCUAACAGGAGAACGAACCCCUGAAGGCUUUUUCCGCAGUCGUGCCGGGUUAGAUCAAGCCAUCGCGCGAGCCUUGGCUUACGCACCCUAUUGUGACGUCCUCUGGUGCGAAACAAGCAAACCGAACAUAGAGGAAGCACGAAGAUUUGCUCAAGCUGUCCACGCUAGAUUCCCUGGGAAGCCGCUCGCGUACAACUGUUCCCCCUCGUUCAACUGGAAGGCUAACCUCAACGACCGCGAAAUCGCUGUAUUUCAAAAAGAACUGGGACGACUUGGUUACCGAUUCCAAUUCGUAACGUUGGCUGGUUUUCACUCUCUAAAUCAUGCCAUGUUCAAGUUAGCUCGUGAUUACAGAGACAAUGGCAUGACGGCGUAUACGAAAAUACAAGAAGACGAAUUCAAUCAAGCGAAGUUUGGUUUCACGGCGCACAAACAUCAACGUGAAGUCGGAGUGUCGUAUUACGAUGCCAUAGCUAUGGCGGUGAGCGGUGGAAACAGUUCAGUGACCGCUUUUAAGGGUUCGACUGAAGACGAACAAUUUAAGCAUAAAUUGUAA